GCAGCCCCAAGAUGGCGGCGGCUCCGGCGGGGAGCGCGGCCGAUGCCCAGGCGCGGUUCGGCCGCUCGGUGAAGGGGCUGCUGAUCGACAGGGUGACCGGCUGCGGCACCGACGUGAUCGCCCUCACCAAGCAGGUGCUGAAAGGCUCGCGGAGCUCCGAGCUCCUGGGUCAUGCUGCUAGAAACAUGGUGAUGCAAGAAGAUGCCAUCCUGCACUCGGAAGAUAGUCUAAGGAAGAUGGCAAUCAUAACCACUCAUCUCCAGUACCAACAAGAAGCUAUUCAGAAGAACAUCGAGCAUUCAUCAAAUCUGCAGGACCAGCUGAGUCACCUUCUGAAAUGAAGCAGGAGACGCGAAGUCCCCAGCCCACCUAGCGGGAGCUGAUGGGACGACCUGUGUCGGUGGAGCUCCAGAGUCUCUUCCUGCUUCAGCAGUUACAUUGCAAGGCUGAGCUGUGCUGAAAGUCAGCUGUGAAAAUGCAGCGUGUGUGUUACUGAACCUGCAGGGCUGUGGAUUGGCAUGGGACUGCUCUGUAACCUGCUCAUCACAAACUCUCCCCAUGCUGAAGGCUAGAUCACUUGCGCUUAAUUUAAAGCAGACUUUACCAAAACCUGCCUGUGACUAACACUUUUCAUGUCCAUUUUCUUUUCUGCGCAAUGUACUGUUUGAAUAGCAGUUUCCCUCUCCCCAAGGCAUUGUGCCUGUUCAGCUAAUGAAUCAAAGGCAACGUGUGUUGUUGUUUAUAUUCAGCCCAAUGCCAAACACAUGACUUAGGUCCCAUUCAAACCUGUAUGGUUUUCCUGGGCCCUCUGCUCUAGGGUGAAUUCCCCCUUGUCUAUAAUUUCUGCUGAAUAUGGACCUGUUCUUCACAGAGUUAACCGGAGCGGUGACGGAGAUGCACUGCCCAACAGCUUGAGUUGUACAGUUCCAGCAUUCCCCACUCCCAAAGUACAGAAAGUAGGGCCAGCAUUUCCACAUGGGAACCUACAGUCACAUUUCGACACGUAAACCGUCGUCCUUUUUUUCCGGAGAAUUGAGCUGCCACCACUACCAGUUUGGUCAGUGGGAGCUGCAUGCGCACAACAUCUUUGGAAAUCAGUUGCUUAAAUAUGGCUUUAGGUACCUAAUUUGGGCCAGAAUUUUCAAACCCAGGUGCGUAGGUACAUACAGCAUGUGAUGACUUGCCUGGUCCUUUGUCACCGGAGUGUCAUGAGUGUCAUUAGCACUGGGCUGUUCCUUUGUCACCUGUCCAAUAGGAUGUCUGUUUCAUGAAUGUCAUUAGCACCGUACUGUUCCUUAGUUUCUGUGUAUAAUGUAAAGCAGGGGGGUUGGAAUGUUAUAUCUCUUGCCAGUACAUCUGCUGACUGUUUUGGCCUUGAACUGCAUUCCUCCUAUUUCAUUGCUGUUAUGGCUCUUGAUUAAGCAGCCUUGGAUUCAUUAUGUAACUGGGUACAGAAUCAGUAAACUAUUCAGAUAUACA